AAUCAAAUAUCAAUGUCACAAAUUCUCACGUAAAAUCUGGCUUUUUUACCAUGUUAUUGCAGUUCAUCGAGCGAAUUUAAAUUUACCGAAAUCGUUUAUAAACCGUGGUACAAUUAAGUUUAAUGCUGAAAUCAUGAGUUUCAAACAAGUAACUCAUGUAUUAUUCGAUUUAGACGGCUUGCUUUUAGAUUCAGAAGGGAUGUAUACAGAAACAUUUUCUACUGUCUGCUCCAAAUAUGAAAAGGAGUUCACAUGGGAAUUGAAGUCAAGUAUUCUUGGAUUUCAAGGACAGGAAUGUGCAGAUAAAAUAAUCGCUGCUCUAGAUUUACCAAUAACCAGAGAGGAAUUCAUGGCUGAAUGUCACAAAAUUAACGAGGUACUGUUUCCUAAAGUGCAGCUUAUGCCAGGUGCCCAUAAACUAGUAGAACAUCUAUACAAGAAAGGAGUACCAAUAGCAAUGGCUACCAGCUCCAGUGAAGAUAGUGUAAAAAUGAAGACACAGAAUCACAAAGAUUUUCUAAAAUUCUUCCACCACAUCACAAUGGGAACAUCGGACCCAGAAGUCACUAAAGGAAAACCUGACCCUGCAAUCUUCUUGGUUUGUGCUUCUAGGUUUCCUGACAAACCUAAACCAGAAAAUUGCCUUGUCUUUGAAGAUGCUGUAAACGGAGUAAAGGCUGCCUGUGCUGCUAACAUGCAAGUAGUGGUUAUUCCGGAUCCCCGCAUCCCUCCCGAAGACCUCAAAGAGGCGACAUUAGUCCUCAAAUCUUUGGAAGAAUUCCAGCCAGAACUUUUUGGAUUGCCACCAUAUGAUAAGUAAUUUUCUUAAGGCAUUCAAAAACAAUGUAAAACUGAAAUUGUACUUAAUGGCUUGGCAUAAAGUGGGGGUAAAGGUUCAAGUUAUAAACCCAUAUUUAUUGGAAUAGAUAUAAGUAGAUAUUUAUAUACAAUUUUGUAAAGGCUGUACUUAAUUUUUUAUUUGUAUGUAUACAGUUUGUGUAGUGUUAUUUAUUAUGCUUGUUUGUCGUUGUUUAUUUUCGGUUAUUAUUAAUCUCACCUCUAUCAGUUAUCAGUCCCAGAACAUUUCAACUGUAUGUAGGUAUAAUCUAGUCAAGUAGGCAUUGUAAAAACAAAUAAACACAUGAACAAUG